AUGGGCUGGAGUAGAAAAACCCUACAGAAACUUGGAAUUUACAGGCCGUCUAGAGCAUUCAUGAGAAGUCCUGCACUGCUCUGUCAAAGGAGAGAAGCCCGAACUUUGCAGGCGCAGUUGCUGCGGCCAUAUCAAGGGCGCCGGGUGCCCUCCCCUCAGCUGCUGGGUUCUGAGAUUGCCUGUAAAAGACUCAAGUGGUUGGAGAAGAACUUCAAAGACGGUCAAUCCUUUCUUUCAUUUCCUGCUUGGCCUUAUACUGUACCCCGGCCCCCCCCCCCCAACCUCCAACCACCGAAAUAUCAGCAACACGGUUCUGGCAAAGUAUGCACGGGAAUUUUCCCAUACGGAGGAAAAAAUGGGGUCCUUCUUUUAGGACGCACAAGGGGCAGCUGUCCAAGGCUUGGGAAGAGGUCGGUUCGGGCGAUUGAGUCGCUCUGGCAGCGGCUGCCGGCGGGGCUCUGCCGGGGCGGCGGAGAGCGCGCGGCCCGGCCGGGGCAACUGCUGGAGAAGAUGCCGCGGCCCUGCGGGGAUGCAGGCGAGCUCCGAAGCCUAGAUCAGGAAAGCUUUCUUCCCUUGGUUUCCCAGCCUUCUCCCUCUGAGUUCUUGACCCAACGCCGCCGCUCCGUUUCUCCAGUUUCCUGGGCCCCACGCAGAGCACGAAGGGAGCAGCAUCCGGGCCCUUCCUGGCCUGAAGCCGUCGCGCCUCUGUACGGACCCCAGCCGGCGCAAGGCGGGAAAGGAGCAGCAUCCGGGCUCUUCCCGGGUUUGCGCUCAGGGCCCAGCGUGAGGCCUGCGCUGUUCCCGAGCGGCGCCGUUGGGUGGCUUCGGAAGGAAGGGAAAGUGAGUCCUUGCACGUCCCCGAAGCCGCGAAGAGUCCAGCUUCGUCUCGGGAGACAAGAAGGCCUCGCGUUUCCUCAUUCGGUUCCUGCCAGAGUCUCUCCGCUUCUGGCGUUCGUGUGGCGCGGUCUGAGCUGCCUGCAGCCACCACCUGACUUCCCGGCGAGGGCCUCGAAUCCAACACUUGAGGAAACCCAGAGUUUCACUCUUGUUGACCAAGCUGUGGUGCAAUGACAUGAUCUCAGCCCACUGCAACCUCCAUCUUGUGGAUUCAAAUGAUUCUCCUGCCUCAGCCUCCUGAGUAGCUGGGAUUACAGAAAUGAAGUUUCACUAUGUUGCCCAGAUUGGCCUUGAUCUCCUGGGCUCAAGUAAUCAUUCCACCUCAGCUCCUAAGUAGCUGGGACUGCAGCAGCACAUGCUACCACACUGACCUUGAUCGUUUACUCUGACCAUGGAAGAACUUUUAUCUAUGCCAACUUCCUUCGAUACUGGCAGAACUAAAGCCACUCAGAAGUUUGAGACCCUUGACUUUCUAUUGUACAGAUGAAGACAUGUAAAUACCUUCAAAAUACUCAGGCCAGUGACUUGCAAAGACAUAAUUAACCAAGGAAACAGAAUACAAAUACUGUUCACCUACCAGUCUUAAGUUUUAAGAUAUACAGAAUUUCUGAUAUGACUCUGUCAUUCAAGAAACUCAGGAAUAAAGACCAAUAUACACAAAUAUAAACAAAGUAAACUACAGAUAUAAAUAUUAACCAUACAAUAUACAUAAAUAUAAACGGCUACAGAUUUUAGUAACAGUUUCUGAACGAUAUCCUAUUAUGGCUGAUUGUAGUAUUUUCCUAGAAAUUUCUAUUGUAAGAUAACAUUUUAUGAGCAGAAGUGCUGUACUUCAGAUCCUAGUUUAAAACACACUGUAUAUUUUCUACAGUCCUUGUUCUUUUCCCUCUUCCCAUGAGAAUGAGAUGAGUCAGGGUAUGUCCCAGAUAGGGUCCACUGUGUCAGCCUGGACCAAGAAAUGAAGACCAAUGGGGCAAAGCUGCAGCUCACAUAAAAAGUGAGCAAGACACAAUCUUUUUUGUUUUAAGUCUUGAGAUUUUUGGAGUUGUUUAUUAUUGCUGAAUAAUAUAGUAGAGCCUGACUGAUAUACUUAUCAAAAAUAAAAUGUUUUAAAUGUUUCGGUGAAGUUCCUCAGUUAUCUUCAGAACUCCUUCAUUCAUAAAUAUUUUUUUGGGUAUACUGUAUAUAUACUGUAGAUAGAAUGUGUGCCAAAUACUUGUUAAGUCCUGGAAAUAUAAUACCUCAAGAAGCUUCCAUUCUUCUGGGGGAGAGAGAAGAAAAGAAGUGCACAAUUAUAAUAAUUGUGUAGUAAUUUUAUGAAAGAGAGAAAUAAAGUGCUGUCAUGGACAAUAACUGGGAAUGGAGGUUUAGGGAACCUGCUUUAGAAAGGGUGGUAAGGAAAGAUCUUGAGAAACUGACAUUUAAACCAAGAUCUGAAGGAUGAGAAGCUGGCCAUAUGAAGAGCAUUCUAGGUCAGGGAACAGAAAAUGCAAAGGCUCUGUGUCUCUCCUCAACUUCCAACUUGACUGGUGUCUAAGAUAAUCAUGUUCUAAGAGAUUUCCUGAAAAUCACUUCAGAAGUUAAGGAGCUUAGUUCAUUAGAAAUGCAUGUGAUUGCACUGCCUUUCUUAAAUAGAGCAAAAUAUAGAAAGAAUAUUCUCAUUUGACUAUAGCAUAAUGGCAUAGGAAUAUAAAGGGAUAAUGGUAGCAAAUGUAGAAACCAAGAUGAAGGAUAAUAUUUACUUUCUCUGAACAAUAUCGCAAGGCAACCUCCCUGCUAGUCAUUUCCUAGUUAGAAAUUUCUUGUCCUCCCAUGAGUACUCUGGAGCAAGCCUCACAGAGUUCAAAAUUAUAUCAAUAAAUAAAUACUGUGGACUCUCAAUCAACUCUACAAAAAGUCCCAUACCAUUGUGAACCUACGCUUUCAAGGACUAACUCCAAACUUGUUUGGGAGGAGUAGGCACUGGUGUUCUGCCGAAUAUUAAUUGUCUAAUAAUGUCACACACACAAAUGCUUCCAACAGACUUGUGUUCAUCCUGCAUCUGGAACAGAGCUGGAGAACUACCUGGACCAGACUUUCAAAUUCUUGGUUCCUCUAAUGUUUACCCUGACAUGGAUCUGUGGAGAUAGAGAGGACUCUCACAGCCACCUGUGUAGGCAGGGAGAUUAACAGGUAAAGCAAUUAAAUUCAUCUCAAUUCAGAUAACUUCUCUCAAAUUGCCAUUCCCCCACCCUUUCUCUCCCCGAAGGCAAAAGUUGCAGGAAAGUAAUUCUUGACUUAGCUUUAAACUCUAAAUUCUGCAUUUCUGUGACUCCUAGCUCUACAAGUACAUUUAGAAAUAAAAAUGCAAAGCUGGGUUGGGAAGACAGCCAACUCUUUGCCCAUUGCACCUGGUCCCUUAAAAGAUAAUUUAUAUGUGAGGCAAAGAAGGCAUUGGGAUUGUUCUUUCUAAAAGGGAAAAAAUGCUUUUAACGUUUACAGACAUAAUCUAUAGACAGCAACAGACAAUUUUUAUAUAUAAUUCCCUACUUGAUAUAGUAAACUAUUUUAUCUGGCUUUUGCAAUGAUAGAAAAGACUCCUGUAUAGCUCCAAUAUAACAACAAUAUAAGGUAGAAAUAGAAUAUAGACAGAUAAAAUUGCAUAAUGCUCUUGUGAGGGUGAUUUAAAGAAACAGUUGCUACAUUCCAUUAAGAACAGGGAGAAUGGGCCGGGCGCAGUGGCUCAGGCCUGUAACUCCAGAACUUUGGGAGGUCGAGGCAGGUGGAUCAUGAGGUCAAGAGAUACAGACUAUCCUGGUCAACAUGGUGAAACCCAGUCUCUACUAAAAAUACAAAAAAUUAGCUGGGCACGGUGUUGCGUGCCUGUAAUCCCAGCUACUCAGGAAGCUGAGGCAGGAGAAUUGCCUGAACCCCGGAGGUGGAGGUUGCGGUGAGCCGAGAUCGCGCCAUUGCACAGCCUGGGUAACAAGAGCAAAACUGCAUCUCAAAAAAAAGAAAAACAGGGAGAAUACAUGUAGUCUUCUUAGAAGAAGCCAUUAUAGUCUAAUUAGGAGUGCAGGUAAAUACACUUAGCCCUUCUGAUUUUUCAAAUAUGUUUCAUAAAUGAAUUUAAGGCACAAUUUAAAAAUACUGUUAAUAUUAAACUACAUAGCACAUUUUUUUUCU